CGAGCGACCAGCUCCUCGCGUUCUGCGUCCAGAGAGAUCCCAUUGCCGAUGGCCAUGCUGCUGCCGCCAGACGCCCACAUGGGCCGUCACCCGCGCUCGAUCUACUCGCUCUGGCACCUACUCGUCUGGCCUUGCGAGCUGCUUACGUACACGACGCUGCUGUACGUUCUCGCCCACGUCGUCUGGACCGGCGUCGGCGUCUGCCUUCUCGGGCUUCUCGCCCUCUGCGCGGUUUGUGUGGAUGGCCCUCGCCUCCUGCGUGCUCAUGCCAGCAUCGAAAGUAUUGUGGCGCGCUACCAUGCGUGGCUCUUUGCUUGGCUCAAGGCCGACGUCCUCUUGCACAACCACGUGUGCUUGACGUCCCAGCGCAUCCCGCUGGUACGCGAGACGAACGAAGGCACGUACUUGUGCGCCGAGCAUACGCAGCCGCUGCUCAUUGACGAUGCAUCGCGCGCCGGCGUGCUGCGGCUUGUCGCGUACCUACUGGUCGUGCGCAUGGGCCUGGUCCUUGUCGCAGUCGUCUGGCUCGACCUUGCGGUCUGGUCGGUCGCCCAGAAUUUCAUCGCUGGCUUUCAUGUGCUCCGUGCGGUGGUUGUGAACCCUGGCGUCGUGCCAGAAGCGGUGCUGCAGAUUGCCAUGGUCCCUGCGUGGCGCUGGGAUGUGGGUCUGUUCUCGCUGCUGCUGCUCGUCGUUGCCGUGUGGUAUCUUGUGCUGGUGACGCGGCAACCGCUCUUGCAGCUAUUAACCGGUUGCACGCGCCGGUUUUGCUGUGUCGUUGUCUGCCCUCUUCCUUGUCGUGACGGUACGACGACGGCGGCGAGUCGUCUUGUCUAA